GCUUCGGGGGUGAUCCCUUUGGAGAUCCGUUUUUCUCGCAGCAUGCGGGGAGCUCAGGCAUGCGCACACAGGAAGUGGAGAGGGAGAGAAGGCCGUAUGCGGGCGCUGGCGUAACUGUCGGCGGUUUGGAUCGGGAUUCGGGUCGGGCUUUGGUUCAGGAUUUGGGUCCGGGUUCCCGUCCAUGAUGUUCUCGUCGCCGUUCGGUGCCUCGGGGCCGCCGGCCACGGGCUCGUUUAGCUUUGUGUCGUCGUCGACGAUUGGCGGAGCCGGCGGGCUGCGCGGGCCGACUGGGCCGUCGACGCGCACUUCGAUCCAGAUGGUCAACGGCAUCAAGAUGCAGACCACUGAAGAGGAUGACGGCCAGGGCAACAUCACCAUAACGCGCAUUGACCCCGACGGGCGCAAGGAGGUGACGGUCAACGGUGUGCCACAGGCCACAGCCAAAGCGCCGCUGCAAAAGAACAUUGAUGAAGGCCAAAGCAGACGCCAGCAGCAGCAGCAGCAACAGCAACAGCAGCAGCAGCAACAGCAGCAGCAAUAUCAGCAGCAGCAGCAGCAAAAGAGAUACAGCGCAGAGCAUCGCCAUGUUCCCGCUGCGUCGCCAAAGAAGAGUACGGCGGAUGCUCGCAGGGACAGCCAUGAUGAUAUUGUCGAGGUUGAGGUCAUUGAGAUCGACAGUAGCUCCGAAGAGCCCACACCUAUUCCCACAGCCAAAGAACAACCCAAGUCUGCCAAGCAUGUUGCUCCUACGCCGGUUUCCCGCCCCAGCUCCAAACGCAGGGAGGCUGCGCCACAACCAGAGAAGAUCAAGUCUCGCUCCAACAGCUUUGCGACAGCAGCAGCACCAUCAGCAGCAAUAUAUGCAUCUGUGCCUGCGCCGGCAGCUAAGCCAGCAGCCCUGCGCGUGCCACCGUAUGUGCAGCAGCCAGUUCAUGCUCAGAAGUCAACCACAGUUCACAGGCCAACUGUGCCCAACACCGGUUGCUGCUGCUGCUGCUAUCCCCCGGCAGCCUGUCGGCACGAGCGCGGCGCCGCGCAGCGAGGGCAAGGAUCUGCUGACAGCCGCGCGCGGCAAGUUGCGGUCCACCAGCAAUACCGCCGCCUUGGAUGCACGCCAGCCACACGUGGGCAUCAAGGAGGCCUCAAGGCCACUGGUGCCAGCGUCCUGAAAGCCCGCCCACGCAUGAACCGCAGCUCGUCGGCGUCCAAGGUUGAACCACAACCCAGUACAAGCCGCACUCAUGCUCCAAUUCACCGGCCGCCCCCUGCUUCAGCUGCUGAUAUUAAGACUGCCUCGCAGCAAAAAAUACACUAUGGUUCUGCGCCCACCACGUCCUCGUUUGUUCCGCCGCCGAUGCAGCAGACGCAGAUGCAGCAGCAGCAAGCCACGGUCGCGGUGCACCUGGCCACAAGCAGCCGCGCUCGAGGGAUCGCAUGCGGUCGACCCUGCACUACGAUAGCUAUGCAGCCCUGAACCAGAGCUACGCAACCACUGCGCCCAUGCCGCAGCUGCCCGUCGAUCCGCGCGCUCCGACGCCAGUGUAUGCGCAAUACUACCCGGCGCAACCGCAAACACACCAAUACGGCCAGGC